CGUAGAUAACUUUUUACCUUGAAAAAAGUAUUUAUUUUCUUUUAUAAAUGGGAAGUGUGCGAUAAUUUUAAAAAAAUAAUUCCUAGUAGAAAAGAAUGGCGAUAGUAAUGGAUAAAUAUACUGAAGCAGAAAUCCUUAGUACUUGUAAUGCAUUAGGUAGUGAAGUAAGAGGUGUAUACGAAAAAGGAACAGACUGUUUAGAAUGCUUGAGAGAUUUAUUGCAGUUUCUUCGAAAGCCAGAUGAAAAUCAUACUGUUCUGCGCUUUCUUGGCUCUAAUCAUUUGAUUGAGACUGAUAUUUUACCCAUUCUUAAACAUUAUAAGGAUGAGAAGGAUAUUUUCGAUUUUGCUUUAAGAUUGCUAGUAGCUCUUACUAGCCCAGCGAUAUUACUUUUUAACGAAGAAAUUCCGGUAGACAAAGCUUCUCACAAUGUGUAUCUGGAAUUAGUUAGCUAUCUUCAGAAUUACAAGAAAGUUUUUUAUGAAUUAGAUAUUUGGACAGUUCUGUAUGAACAUUUAGAAAAACGAAUUGCAUUGAGACCGAUUGAAAGAAGUGAAGAAGACAAUUUAUUUAUUGAGAGAAUUUUGAUUGUUAUACGUAAUAUUUUGCAUGUACCUUCUGAUGAACUUGCAUCAUUUCAAACUGAUGAUAAUCUUAGUCCUCAAGACAAAAUUUUAUGGAAUCUUCACCGUUCAAAAAUAGAUACUAUAAUAUUGUAUUUAUGCGCUAAUGAAGAUGAAUAUAAAUAUUGUUUGCAUGUAAUUGAAAUAAUAUCUUUAAUGCUUCGUGAACAUUCUCCAGAAAUGCUGGCUUCCACUAGUGAAGUAAGAACUGAAGCAGAAAAAGAAAAAGAUGCACAAGACUUAAUGGCAAUGCGUGAAAGGGAACAGAAUAUGAAACUGAAAAAGGUUCAAUCAAUGAUUGCUUCAAGAUUUAAUGGAGUUUAUCGUGUAAAAAAUUUUAAAUCACUGAGUGAUAAUGAUUACAUAGCACAUAAAUUAAUAACAGAUUUAGAUGAUCUGAAGUUUGAUGCGAAGAAAAACGCCAAAAGAACGCCUAAAAAUAGAUUGCCUUUUAAAGAAAAAAGCAUUACAAGACGUUCUACAUUAGGUAUUAGAUUGUUUCUAAAAAAUUUUUGUAAAGCGUUUUUAAAAACUUAUAAUAAGCUUAUGGCUGCUAUAAAGCGUGAACUGCUUCGUAGGAGUUCUGCUGAUCAUGAUGAUACAUAUUAUCUUUGGGCUAUUGAAUAUUUUAUGAAGUUUAAUCGGUUAUAUAAAUUUCUUCCAGCAUUAGUAAGUGAAACAAUAUCCUUACAAAUGUUUCACCACAUUCAAACUCAGAUAACUAGUUACCAAGAAAUGAUGCUCACUGAUAAGUCUAAGGCUAAAAUUUGGUCUAGACGCAUGUGCUUGGGUGUCAGUGCUUACAGAGAAUUACUUGAAACUGUUUUUACCAUGACAAAGUCUACUGAGAAAAAUAUUCAAGAGAUUGCUGAUAAUAUAGUUCGGAAUGUAUUUUAUGUUAUUGAAUAUCGAGAAAUGCUUUUAUCCUUGCUAUAUCAUUUUGAUGAAGUAAAAUUUUCCUUAACAUACUUAUCAGAACUUGUAGAAAGUUGCUAUAUGUUUCUAAAGAUGCUAGAAAAUCAUUCAAAGCGUCAUUCUGAAAUAAUUGUGCAAAAAAAGAAACGAAAAGUGAAGAGGCGAAAGAAAACAAAUGCUGCACCUGAGCAGUCUGACAACAAUGAAAAUUUAGAAGAUAAGUGGGCUGAUAUUGCAGGUAAUUUAUCUGCUGCUGUACAAGGUAGGCUAGAUAUUCCCACUGAUAUUUCACCAUUUGAUGGUGCAUCUCAGUUGAGUUUUGAAGAGCAGAAGGUUGAUGCCGUCUAUAAAAUACGAGAAGCUCUUUUAUCAAAGGAAGUUGAACAAGCUGUUGGUUUAUUACGUUCUGCACGGGAGCUUUGGCCUGAAGGUGAUUCUUUUGGUGCAGCUGAAAUUGAAUCUGAGGAUGAAUUUGAUGUUUUAAGAGAGAUUUACAUGUCAGAAUUAGAAAAUCCUCAGCAACAGAAUAGUGUCCCUGUAGAAGAAGAAUUUGAGGAGACUGAUGAAGAAGCAGAAUCUACACCUGCAGUUGUGGAACAAAGAUUGGAUGUAAAUGAAAUUUAUAAAAAGUUUGCCUCGCCAAAAGUCGUAAUACCAUGCUGUUUACUUUUAAAGAAUUAUCGAUCAAAUACUUCUAGAACAAACACUUGUUUGAUUAAACUGAUACACAAAAUAGCUUGGGAUUGUAAAAUGCAUGCCUUAUUUUUCCAAGCUUCUGUAUUUAUAACAUUUCAGAAAAUAUUUGAAGACCCAGAUGUUUCUCACAAUCCAAUUAUUAAAGAAUUUUCUAGAUUUGCCAAAUUUAUUUUAACUAAAUUUUUUGAAAUUGCUGAAAAGAAUAAGAAGGUUUUUGUUGAACUUUUGUUUUGGAAGGGCUGUAAGGAAGCAUAUGAACUAGAGGAAGGUUAUGGUAAGCCUCAUCCUGGAUCUAAGAAGCUUACAUGGACUGAGGAAGAAGAUGAAGAACUUAAACAGCUUUAUGAAGAGAAUAAAGAUAUAUAUAUUGAAGGUCAGGAUGUGGCUGAUAUAAUUCUAGCUAAUAUGGAGGAUAAGAGAAGGACAAAAAAUCAAAUUAUUUUGGCUCUGAAACGUUUAGGACUUAUACAAAAAGCCAAAGAUCUCAAACCACAUUUGCGAAAAGAUUGGACAGAAGAUGAAUGUAAUGAACUGCGUCAUCUUUAUGAGAAAUAUAAGAUGGCUUAUGAUAUGAUGGAGGAUAUUUUGAAUGGGCUCUCAAUCAAACGACCAAGAAAGGCAGUGGUGGAAAAAUUGUUAGAAUUAAACCUUAUUCAGGAUCGGUCACAAACAUUCAAAAAGAAAUCUAAAAAACCGAAAAAUGCUAUGGAUAACAAUGAUUCCAUUUCAGAUGAUGAUAUAGAUUCAGGUGAAAAUAGUGACUUAGAAGACGACCAAGAUUUUUCUGUAGAAAAGAGAGUUGUACAGAAAAAUGGCACUGGUGAUUCUUCAGAUAACGAUGCAGAUGAAAAUUUCUUCAAAAUUUUAGAAAUGGAACGCUCAGAAAAUCAUGAUACUUCAAAUUUGGACCCAGAAAAUCAUGGCACUUCGUCAGUAGCUGAAGUAAAGAAAAGUUUGAAGCACAAUACUGAGAAAGAAAUUCGAAAUAAAAAGGUGCCUGAAUUGUGGCAAGAGCAAGAAAUAAUGGAAUUGAGUGCUUUAUUUAACCAGCAUCAAGGUUCAGAUAAUAUAAUGAAUAAAAUAAUGAAUUCUCUAACUGUGAAAAGAUCAAAGCAAAGCGUAAUUGAAAAGCUCUUAGAAUUAAAUUUGAUUAAUGACAAGAAAGAAUUAAGAAAGAAACGAAUAUCUAAGCUAUCACAUCUGGUUAAUGCAAACAAUAGCUCAGAAGAUGAAGAUGCUUUAUUAUCAUCAAAUUCUAAUUCUCAAAAUUUACCCCACAUGAAUAAAAAGAAGGUUAGACGAAUUAUGUCAGAUUCUUCUGAUGAUGAUCAUGCUCAUAUUAGUGAUGACAAAAAUUUAGAAGUAAGUAAAGAAUCAUAUUCUGAAGUAAAAAAUCAGAAAAAGAAUAUGUUUACAAAAACUAAUGGUACAGAAAAAAGAAAACGAGCUCCUAAAAUUUGGGAAGAACAAGAAAUAUUUGAGCUGCAACAUUUGUUUGAAAAACAUAAAGAUUCUAAUGAUAUUAUUGGAAAUAUUUUCAAUGAGAAAACAGUAAAACGACCAAAGGACAGUAUAAUAGAAAAAUUAAUGGAAAUUAGUUUGAUUAAUGACAGAAAAGAAGUGAGAAAGAAAAGAAUGUCAAAUGUAAAUUUGUCAUCUGUAAAUUUGGACUCGGAAAAUCAUGACACCUCGCCAGUAGCUGAAGUAAAGAAAAGUUUAAAGCACAAUACUAAGAAAGAAAUUCGAAAUAAAAAUGUGCCUGAAUUGUGGCAAGAGCAAGAAAUAAUGGAAUUAAGUGCUUUAUUUAACCAGCAUCAAGGUUCAGAUAAUAUAAUGGAUAAAAUAAUGAAUAUUCUAACUGUGAAAAGAUCAAAGCAAAGCGUAAUUGAAAAGCUCUUAGAAUUAAAUUUGAUUAAGGACAAGAAAGAAUUAAGAAAGAAACAAAUAUCUAAGCUGUCAGGUCUAAAUGGUACAGUGGUUAAUGUAAACAAUAAUACAGAAGAUGAAGAUGCUUUAUUGUCAUCAAUUUCUAAUUCUCAAAAUUUACCCCACAUGAAUAAAAAGAAGGUUAGACACGUUAUAUCAGAUUCUUCUGAUGAUGACGAUCAUGCUCCUAUUAUUAGUGAUGACAAACAUUUAGAAAUAAGUAAUGAAUCAUAUUCUGAAGGAAAAAAUCAGAAAAAGAAUAUUUUUAUAAAAACUAAUGGUACAGAAAAAAGAAAACGAGCUCCUAAAAUUUGGGAAGAACAAGAAAUAUUUGAGCUACAGCAUUUGUUUGAAAAACAUAAAGAUUCUAAUGAUAUUAUUGGAAAUAUUAUCAAUGAGAAAACAGUAAAACGACCAAAAGACAAUAUAAUAGAAAAAUUAUUGGAAAUUAGUUUGAUUAAUGACAGAAAAGAAGUGAGAAAGAAAAGAGCAUCAAACGUAAAUUUGUCAUCUGUAAAUAAAAAGGUUAAUAAAAAAUCAAGUUUUAAUUUAAAACCACAAAACAGUAAAAAUAAAAAGAAAUCAAGCCUAAAUUCAUCUUCAGAAGAUGAAACCUUGCCUUUAAAUUCACUCUUAAAUACAAAAAGAAUGCAGUAUAUUGAUGGACCAAGUGAUAUUAAAAAUAAGUUAGCCAAUAAUUCAGAAUCAUCCGAUGAGGAGAUGAUUUUACGUGAAUUGCAAGAUUAUCUUAAUGAAGGUAAUUCUGGUAGUGUGGCUAAAGAAAAGAAUGUAGUACUAGAAAAUUCAUUAAAUGAAAUAGAUAGUAUUGCUAAGCAUAAAAAUGACUUUGAAAAGAAAAAGAUCAGUAGAAUUGUGUCAGAUUCUUCUGACGAUGAAACUAUACCAUUACGCAACAACAUAUCUAAGCAUUCUUCUCAUAAAGAUUCUUUUCCUAGCAAACACACAGAUGAACAAGCAUUUGAAAAAUUGGUAAAUGAUUUUGGACCUUCAAAUGGACUGACUGAGAUUGACAGUUUACCACUUUUUAAUUCUAAUGACAGUCUUAGAAUGAAAAGUGAUUUAGAUGAUGAUAGAGUGACAACUAGUAUUAAAAGGAAAAGAUUCCAGAUUAGUGAUAGUGAGGAAUCAAAUGACGAAUCUUUAUCUUUAGAAUCCAAAAUUUCAUCAUUAAAUUCACCAAGUGCAAAAACUGUUGAUUUUGGUAUAACUGAUAUUGGUUCUGUUCCAGUUAAAGAAACUGUACAAUUACAAGCAAUAAGAAAAAAGGCACGUGUUUUAUCUGAUAGUGAUGAAUCAGACUAAUUAUUAUUUUUUAGGUACUUAUAUCUUAUUGCAGCUUAUAGCUUUUAUCAUCAAACAACUGGGAUAUAUUGCCAUGAGGGUUGCAUUAUGUAUUGAGGAGCAUGGCAAUUUUGGCCUAAUCUAAAAAUUGCCACAUAAACCUUUGGCGCUUACAAGACACAAGUAUUGUUUAUUAUUAACAUGAAGAAUUAUCAUUCUUUUAUUAUAUUUAUAUAUGUAUAUAUAUCAACAAUUUUGAACUGUUAAGAUAAUAAUUUAUUUUAUACAUCAAAAUAAACCAUUGAAGCUUCAAAAUUCCAUUUUGGAAAAUUGUAUAGUUGAUCAUUAUAAUUUAGUAUUGUACAAGAAUGAUAAU